UAUCACUCAGUAUUUAAAGUGUUUGCCGGUUUUAUUUCCUUAGUUGUUGAGUUAACUUUUGUUUAAAAUAUUUAUUUAUUUAUUUUAUUUAAAUUCAAAUAAAAUGGCUAAAGAAAAUGAAACCAUUACUGUAAAAAAACGAAGAAAAUCCAUCAGUAGUAGUAACAAUGGUAACAAUACUACUACCAGUGCUGUUAAAGAAAAUGAUAUGUACAAGGCAAUAAUAACUUACGAAGAAGAGGAAGCGAUUUCUCGAUCUCCAGAGCAAGAUUCGGAAAAUUUUUUGUCAACUUGUGAGUCAAUAAGAGAUGCGAUGAGUAAAAUCUCAAAAUUAAAAACUAGUAAUGACUCUAGUGCAAAGGAGGACAUACAUGAGCUGCAAGUACAGACCGCACUGUCAUUCAUCGAACUAAAAAAAUUGAAUCGUAUGGAAAAAUUCCGGACGAAAUUCGCGCGGGAUUCAUUAGCAGAAGCCAAAAGUGGAGUCGACAGCCGGCACUUGCAGUUGCAAAAUUUAUUAUAUGAAGUGAUGCAUCUGAAGAAGGAAGUCAUCAAGUGCUUCCAGUUCAAGUCUAAGGACGAGCUGAUAGAACUGGUCCCCGAAGAGGAAUUUUAUAAAGAAGCGCCAGAGAGUGUUUCCCAACCGGAGAUAACGAAGGAGGAUCCACACAAACUGCGUCUAGCUCGCCUGGAAUGGGAGCUGACUCAACGGAAGCAGUUGGCGUCACUCUGCGACCAGUUGACGGAGAGCAAAAAGAGCGUCGCUGAAAGUAUCGAGACCAAGCAGCAGCGACUGGACAACCUGGGCCCGCAAUUGAGGUCAAUACUCGAGGCAAGUAAACCUCUGCAAGACAGUUUGGGUCUUCCGCUGGACAAGAUCCACAAAGAGCACCAGCGAGCUGGACUUUUGGCGUCUCCACUCUACGUCCUCUAUGUAAAAGCGACAGCUUACCGCGAUGCCUACGACUCGAGCUUAUCUGUGAGCGUUGAAGGCGACGACGAGGACGCCAAGAGGAUAAACAACAACGAGGGGACUCAAGAAUCAGACUCUGAUAUCGAACAGCAGUCGGAGACCCCACCCGAUGACAUUCCAGUUCACAAAAAACGACACCACCGUCUCUCCCGCGAGGCCCGUGAGGAAGAAAAGAAGUCGAAAAUCCUCCACAAGCAUCCGCUUAAUGUCAAAAUCAUCAUCACCAUCAACGGGGAUACUAAAAUGACUCUAGAGUUUUAUUACCUGACGUUCCUAAAAGUUAUUACCGUCGAGUCACGUCUGGACACCGUCGACAGCGACAGUCCGACAGCCCGCGACAUGUUGAACUCGGAGUCGAUUCUCCGCGAGCUCUAUCCCCAAGACACCGGAGCCGAGAGUCCGAACCCUGCGAAUACUUACCAGUUAAAACGCUACCAUCUCGCGCCUUUUGGUUCCCUCGGUCUUGGGAUCCCCUACAAGUGGGCCCAGAGAAUGGCCGGGAUAAAUUUAAUAUCCGCUGACACGAACUCCGACCAACAUAUAACUCGCCAGCAGCUGGCGCAGAACAACGUCGAGAGUAUUUUAAAAGAAAUAAAACGCCGAGUGAAAGCACGUCUGGAUCUUUGCACAGAAAUCCGAUUACUUGAAGCAGGGAACAUUUCGCUGUCCGGUGACUCGACGGAUUUGAAUCCUCAGAAAAUAGCGACUUGUCUGCACAAAUUCGCGCCGAUGUCCUGGAAAAAUUACUCAGCUUGUCCAGAUACUUUGAACAUUUGUAAAAAUAAUUUAGUCUCCUCUUCCGAUAUUUAUUACGAAGCCGUUCUGCGUCGCGGUAACCAUGAACUUAUAGCGCACGUCGCAAUAAAACCCGACUAUCCAAAAGUAUCAGCAGUUAUAAGUAUAAACAUGAAUCCGUCAUUGGUAACGUCAGCAGACGUAAUCCGCGACAUCGAACGGGAGGUAAAUGUGAUGUGGGAUCGCCCGCCAACGAUUUCAAAUCAACUGCAACGACUGAGGACCUGCUUUGACAUUUACUUGGAGACAGAAAGUCUUGCGACGCGUGAAAAAAUAUUUUUCCAUACCGUCAAAGGCAGAACACGUGCCCGUCCCUACAAAUAUUUGCAUAUUGGGGGUGGAAUUUUCACCCAACGAUAAUUAAAACUUUAAUUACUUUACGUAUUUUAUUUAAGUAUCAAAAUAUAUGUAAGAUAUUGAAGAUUUUCAUAAUAAACUAAUCAUUCAAUCAA